GAGGUGCGGCGGCGCUACGACAGGGAUGGGCGGCAAUAUGACCAGAUGCGCGAGCGCUUCCUGUCGCUCAAGAAGGGCAUCAAGGCGGAAGUGGCGGCAGAGGCCGACGAGUUUCGAAUGUUUACAUGCCCCUCCUUCGCUCAUGUUAACAUUCCCCUCAUGUUUACAUGA